UGGCCGUGGAGUCGAGCUCGAUAAAAUUGCUAAGCAGCAGUUGUUGGCCGGCGGCCGACGGACCAGGACGUCAACAGCUUAUAGAUUUCCAUAUUCACCAUGGACGCGGCUCAGCCAGAAUCUCUCGUGGAGUACAUCCUGAUAGAGUACCGGUGGCUGGUGGUGAUCACCACGCUCAUGCCGCUCUCCUUCGUCUGGAAGAUCUGGUCAACCCUCAGGAACUAUGUCGUGUUCCGGCUGAACAGCGCUCCCAAGGCCCAUGAGAGGAAAGUUCAAGAAAUCCAGAGACAGAUAAAGGAAUGGUUGGCAGGCGACCGCAGCACCCAGCUGUGCACCGCCCGCCCCGCGUGGCAGACCAUGUCGUUCCGCCAGGGCAUCUACAAGAAGAACUUCACUAACAUCCACAUCAACUUGGUCGAUGUGCUGGAGAUCGAUAAAGAGAAUAUGACAGUUCGUUGCGAGCCAUUAGUCACCAUGGGCCAGCUAUCCAGAACCCUGGCAGCUUUCGGCUUGGCGCCAGCAGUGGUGCCCGAGCUGGACCAGCUGACGGUGGGCGGGCUGGUGAUGGGCACGGGCGUGGAAACCUCCUCGCACAUUCAUGGUCUCUUCCAGCACAUAUGCCUGCAGUAUGAACUCCUGCUGGCUGACGGAUCUAUUGUCACUUGCAAUGACAUUCUCAACCCUGGUCUAUUCUAUGCGAUACCGUGGUCCUAUGGUACAUUAGGAUUCCUGACAUCUGUGUUGAUAAAAGUCGUGCCUGCGAAAAAGUAUGUGCGUUUGGAAUACCACCCCUAUACAAGUUUACCAGACCUAAGCAAUCGGUUCAGAGAGGAGUCACUAAAGGCAGAACCACAUCAAUUCGUCGAAGCGUUGUUAUUCACUAAAGACAGCGGGGUUGUGAUGACUGGUGAUAUGGUGGAUGAAAAGGGAGAUGAUGGCAAGUUCAAUCCUAUCGGCAAAUGGUAUUCGGAGUGGUUUUUCAAACAAGUAGAGAAGUACCUCAUCAGAUAUAAAAAUGGAGCCAAGAAGACUUGUGUUGAAUAUAUACCACUGAGGCAUUACUACCACAGACACACGCGUAGCUUCUUUUGGGAACUCCAGGAUAUAAUUCCCUUCGGCAACCAUCCAGUAUUUCGUUACCUGUUCGGUUGGCUGAUGCCGCCCGAGAUCUCUCUGCUGAAGCUGACACAGCCUCAGGCUGUCACCAAUCUGUACAACAAGGCGCACGUCAUACAGGACAUGUUGGUGCCGAUUGAAACCUUGGAGGAAGCUAUCCAGACCUUCCAUAAAGAGUUCGAGGUGUAUCCCAUUUGGUUAUGUCCUUUCAAAGUAUUCAACAAUCCGGGCCAGCUCAAGAUUUCUGACACGACCAAAAAAUGGCAGAUGUUUGUAGACAUUGGCGUUUAUGGUGUUCCUAAAGCUAAAGGAUUUGAAACUGAAUCCUCAACACGAAGAAUAGAGAAGUUCGUAACAGAAAAGCACGGCUUCCAAAUGCUGUACGCGGAUACUUACACAACUAGGGAGGAGUUCCGACAGAUGUUCGACCACACGCUUUAUGAUAAACUGAGGGACACGCUGCCUUACUGUUUAUCGUCAGACGAAGUAGCAGAUCUAACAGAGUCAUGCUGCAGCCACGGGGAAAGUUUCGCAGUCAUUUCCACCACCACAUCCUGUGCAAGCAUGGAUGUGCCGGAUGACAUCGAGCCAGAACAGACUGAAAUGUGUCUGUCAGCUGGGAAGAGUUGCUGCAAGAAACAGAUGGAGCAGAAAGAAGAAUGCGCUACGGGUAUGAAGUUGGCACUCCUCAAACGAUGUAUGUCACCAAACAGCGACAUUGGAAAGAUGUGUUGCGAUGAAUGCACGUUCGGAAGAAUAACAGGUGAAUCUGAAGGUGCAGGUGGCUGUGGAAGCUUAUCAGAAGACUACUACAGUCCCACCAGUGCGUUGAGGCAAAACGCUUUUUACAAAUGCUGCAUGGAUGCUGUAGAAGUAGAGACGACUACAAAAAAGAAAGUUGAAACAACAACGACAGAAAAGCCGAAAGAGAAAUGUAAGGCUAAUUCUUGUGACCACAUUUGUACCGACGACGAUGGCAAGGUGCAAUGUCAGUGCCGGGAAGGUUUUAGACUGCAGGCAGAUAGAAAGUCUUGUAAAGAUAUCAAUGAAUGUGCUGAGGCCUUAGAUGAUCUCUGUACGAAGGAAGACACAGUUUGUCAUAACACAGAGGGUUCAUUCAAAUGUGUUCCACUCAAAAAGAGGGACGUUAGUCUGAGCUGCCCACCUGGAUUUAAACGAAACGUGAUCAAUCAAGUCUGUGAUGAUAUCAACGAAUGCCGUUCAUCAAGACCUCCAUGUCCAAAAUAUCUUUGCGAGAACACUAUAGGUGGUUAUAAAUGCGGUGGCAAGCCCGGCAAGCCUUAUACUGAAGACACUGGAGCAACUACCACGGAGGCUGGUGUUACUAUACCUACUAUGAAGAAUGAUAUUUGUCCACCGGGAUUCCGAGCUGGUCCAGAUGAUGAAUGCCUUGACAUCGACGAGUGCGAGGAACGGUUGGACGACUGCCAGCGACUCUCACAGUACUGUAUCAACACGCACGGCAACUAUUUUUGCCAGGAUCACGUCUCCAAGCGAUGCGCUCCUGGCUUCAAGGUCAAUAUUGCUACUGGAAUUUGCGAAGAUAUCGAUGAAUGUGAAGAAAGUUCAGAGGUGUGCAAACGGAACGAGGUGUGCAUCAAUUUACCAGGGGCGUACAAUUGCAAAUCCAAGAUAAGCAUUUUACCAAAAUUACCAACAAAGAAGUGUCAAGAAGGUACAAGAGUUCGACCAGGAGGAACAAUUUGUGAAGAUAUCGACGAGUGUCGUGAAGGUAGUCACUUAUGCGAUCAGUUUCAAAACUGUAUCAACACAUACGGCGGACACGAGUGCCGGUGUAAAACUGGAUUCGAACUAGACUCCACAUCGGGAUCUUGCGUAGAUGUGGAUGAAUGCGCCUUGAAGCUGGACAACUGCCAGGCUGGACUGCAGUGUCUCAACGUGUUGGGCUCAUUCACCUGCACUCGACGCUCAGCUACUUCCACUUCUACCUCAACUGUGAUACCAGCUUAUGAAUACGAAUACUAUGAUUCUGGCGAGGAGGAGAACACAGUCAUUCCAGAGCCACAAACAACAUCAACCUCUACAACUACGACUUCUACUACAACAACUUCAACUACUACACCGCGGCCAACGACCACCAGCACAAGCACAACUCCUAGACCUAUCCAGCCUCCUAGAAGAUACCCUUACUUCAGACCUACCUUCCAAGCAAGACCACCAUCUUCAACCACCACCACGACGCCAGUGCCUUCUAGAAGACCACUUCCAGAAUAUUAUCCAAGAAGACCAGUAACGGAAGUAACGACAUCAACGGAUUCAAAUACUGUGGAUAGAGAACGGAAACCCGGUACUGAUAUUGAUUUUAAUCCAAACGAGCUUCACUGUCUGAAUGGAUACGAGAGAAAUGAACGCGGGGAGUGCGUUGAUGUAAACGAGUGCAAUGAGAACAGGCACAUUUGUGGUCCACUAGAAGUGUGUAUAAACAGGGUUGCGGGUUACGAAUGCGACUGUAUGCCCGGCUUUACCAGGGACCCGUCUGGUUGGUGCGUGGUGGUCACUACCUCUACUACUCCGAGACCUAGGCCCACAACGCCUAGGCCUACAACGCCUAGGCCUACAACUAGACUCACUACACCCAGGCUUACAACUCCGACGCUUACAACACCUAGGUCUACUACACCCAGAAUUACAACAGCUGUAACUACCACUCCACGAGUUACUUCUACGGAAGUUACAACUCCAGCGUCAACCACGCCGGAAUGGUGGCAUCAGCCAAGUCGUGGCCACUACAAUCCUCCGCCAAACUGCGAGCUUGGAUACAUUUACAGCCACAGCCGCAGAAAGUGUAUCGAUAUCGACGAGUGCGCUACAAUGAGAGCAAAUUGCGCGGCCACAGAAGACUGCGUCAAUACGGAAGGAGGAUACCGCUGUGUGUGUAGCCAGAGGUGUCGUGAAGCUUCUACGCCUACGCAUACUUAUCGGGAACCUUCAUCACCGUCGCUAAGCCCAGAUUCAACAGUGAUCACGGUGGGUGCACAGUACGGUCAAAAUGGCCCCCGAUACUUGAGACCCACUUACACACGACUUCACGACUCCGGAGCGAUCGUCACCACGUGUCCGUGGGGGUAUAAGCUAACUCCUGACAGGAUUUGCUUAGAUAUCGAUGAAUGCGAACGCAACGUAUCGGAAUGUGGGCCACAGCAGCGCUGUGAGAACUUCUACGGCGGCUUCUCAUGCCAGUGCCCGCCCGGCCACAGGAACAUCGGCAAGAACUGUGAAGACAUCGACGAAUGUAGCUAUGGCAAUACAUGCUCAUAUAACGCGCGAUGUGUGAACACGGUUGGGUCGUUCAAAUGCGAAUGUUCGGAAGGUUUCCGUAACGCACCUUCGAACGACAAGGUGUGUGUCGACGUGGACGAAUGUGCGGAGACGCCCACUCUGUGUGAACAUAAAUGCGCCAACGCCUGGGGCGGCUACCGGUGCUACUGUGACAAGGGAUACAGACUACACAAGGAUAACAGGACAUGUGUAGACAUCGACGAAUGUGAGGAGUUCAGUCGGUCGAGAUCCCGCGGCCGGCUGUGCGGUGGUCGGUGUGUAAACGUGGCUGGUUCCUACCGCUGUUCGUGCCCCUCUGGAUAUCGUCUUGCAGAUGAUAAGCGGACUUGUAUAGAUAUUGACGAGUGUGAAAACGGUGAAGCAAAGUGCGGCCAAGAAGAGGGUCAGGUUUGCCAGAACACACAGGGCGGGUACCACUGCCACAAAAUUGACUGCCCCAUCGGGUAUCGCCUUGAAGGAAGACAGUAA